UAUCUCCCAUUUGAAAUGGCUGCUACUUCAUCCGCAUCGCAAGACAAGACUGUCACGGGUUAUCCAACUCCGCCCGGCCAAUACGCCGCCGGAUACCCGGCCACCACAGCCUAUCCCUAUGUGGCUGCACCGCCGCACCUCAAUCCCAAUACUUACCAGCCCACGGGCCCGCCACCUCCCUACUACAAUCCCCAGUCCAAUGGGCCCUUCAGGCGCAAACCCACCAUCCUCUGCCGCAUCAUGAUCGGCGCCGUCGCCGUCUUCACCAUCAUGUCCAUCAUCUUCUUCAUCUCCUGGCUCGCCCUCCGCCCUCAACUCCCCAAGUUCCGGGUCGAAUCGGCCACCGUCUCCCCGCUCAACGCGACAGGCUCCGAGCUCACCGCCACUUGGGACUUCACCCUCCUCGCCGCCAACCCCAACCACAAGCUCACCAUCUUCUACGACAGACUCGAGGCCUCGCUUAUAUACAACGAUGAAGUUCUGCUCACCGCGGCGGCGCUGCCUCCCUUCGUCUUAGCCAAGAGGAAUCAGACGCGCGUCAAUAUCAAGCUCGCGACGGUGGGGGGUUACGUCGACGACGGGGUGGCGAGGGAAAUCGCCGACGGGAAGGAUCGGGGGUCGGUGAGGUUCGGAGUGGGUGUGGAGGCGUUGGUCCGGUUUAAGUCAGGGGUGUUUCAAACGAGACGUCGGUUGUUGCGGGUCUUCUGCGAUGGGGUCGAAUUCACCGGGUUUGCCCGGAAUAAUGGGACCGGGACUUUGACGGGUCAGGCAAGUCCGUGCAAGGUUGAUUUGUGAGACUGAAUAUAAUAAUAUACAGAUACGUUUUACAUAUUUUAUUUUUCUUUCGUUGUUAACCCAAAAAUUAGUGAACUUUAUAAAUUACUCCUUGUUUAUGAUCUUGGGUUAUGAAAUACAAUUGUCUUGUGAA